UCAAAAAUGAGACAGUCGUUAUUGCAAAGUCAACACCGACUUUUCCUUUUUUUCCCAACUUCAAAAAACUACUCUGAAUAAUAUUCUCUAAUAACGCACCGCCACCAUGGACUCGCUAAUCGAUCUCUCGGAGUCGUCCAAAGCGCUUGACUUGUCACGCAUCCGCUUCCAGUUGAUACGGUUGGAAGACACCAUCACCUUCCACCUGAUCGAGCGGGUACAGUUCCCGCUCAACCCGAACAUCUACAAGCCCGGCGCCGUCCAGAUCCCCAACAGCAACCUGAGUUUCAUGGACUGGUACCUGUCGGAGCAGGAAAGGCUGCAGUCACUUAUCCGCCGCUACGAGUCCCCGGACGAGUUCCCCUUCUUUCCGGAGGCCCUGCAGAAGCCGAUCCUGGACUCGCUCGACUACCCCCGCAUCCUGUACCCCAACGAUGUCAACGUCAACGACAAGAUCAAGAAGUUCUACAUUGAAAAGUUCCUGCCCAGAGUGUGCCCGGACUUUGGCCGCGGGGAUAGAGGUGUCUCGCAAGAAAACUACGGGUCGUCGGCGACGUGCGACAUUGCCUGCUUGCAAGCACUAUCAAGGCGCAUUCACUUUGGCAAGUUCGUUGCCGAGUCCAAGUUCCAGUCCGAGGCGGACAAGUACACCCGCCUCAUCCGUGCUGCCGACAGGGAAGCCAUUGGGAACGCUAUCACGAACAAGGCGGUCGAGAAGAAGGUGCUGGAGAGGCUGAAGCUCAAGGCGCAAACGUACGGUACCGACCCUUCGCUGGGGCCGGAUGGGUGGGACCAGAGCAAGAUCAACGUGGACGCUGUCGUGGCUAUGUAUGAGGACUUUGUCAUCCCUCUGACAAAGGAGGUUGAGGUCGAGUACUUGAUGCAGAGGCUGGAGCCGGUGGAAUAAUAAUGUCUCGAUUUGUUUUGUUUGC